CUUUCUUCUUCACUCUGCUGUCCGAAUAUGGAAAUUGCCUUCCUGAACACAUCGGCAAAAUCACCGGUUCUGGUCUUCAAGGCCUGGAAUAACUCCUAACUUAACACACCUUUGUAGGGACAGUCUUUGAGCUGCAGUGAACCAAUGAUUAUGCCGAUUUAGAUGUAUUUAAUGUCUGAUAUGGCUAUUGUUCACAAUUGCACUCACUACAAAAAUGUGUCAGGCCUUCAAAUGCCGCGCAAACACGGGAUAUCGCCUAACUUCACUACACGCCUUUGUAGGGACUGAGUCGUUGAGCUGCAGUGAACCAAUGAUUAUGCCGAUUUAGAUGUAUUUAAUGUCUGAAAUAGCUGUUAAACAAUUGCACCCACUACAAAAAUGUGUCAGGCCCUCAAAUGCCGGGCGCACGCGCUUUUGUAGAGUCUUUCAGCUGCAGCGAACCAAUGGUUACGCCUAUUCGAUAUAUUUAAUGUCUGAUAUGGCUUUUGUUGACAAAAUUGCAAACCAGUGACAAAAAAAAUAUAUGCCCUGUAGAAAUGAAUGGCGAUUUAAAAAAUAUAUAUAUUGAUUUGUGUCGGUCAAAAACUCCGCGGUCCCUAAACUCUCGAAUCGCCUCGUCCAGCAGGCGCCACGUGUCAACGAGUUCCGGGCACCCCUUCGCACCGCGCAAACAAAAGUUGUGCAUUGAAGAUGCAUUUACAAAGUAAAUAAAUUCAAGUAAGCGUCGACGUGGGUGGGAGCAGGCGUCCCAUCAUUGACGUGCUUCUCGAGAGGGAUAUGGCGUGCGCGGUGGCCACCCCGGUGCCGGAGCCUAGCGGGGACUUCCCGGCGUGGCUGGAGGCGCAGGGCGUGAACGCGGAGGUGGCCCGGGCCAUGGACUCGGAGCUGGGCAUCCGGGACUACGGGGUCCUGCGCGCCUGCGUCGGGGACGGCCUCGUGCGGGCCGAGCUGCUGGCCACGGCGCGCGACCGCCUGCCCUUCGGCUUCUACGCCGUGCUGCGGCAGGUGGUGAAGGCCCUGCGGGGCGCCGAGCCCCACGAUGGUUCUGGGAUUCCGCGCUGGGACGCCGCCGCCGCCGCUUCCGCCCCCGGCGACGUGACCCUGGGAGGCCUGGUGGAGGUGCUGCUCGCGCUGUUGAGCGGCUUGAGCCGGGAGCUGCUGCUGUCCGCGCGGAGGCUGGGUAACGGGGACGAUCGGAAACGCCGAGUGGAUUCUUCUUUGUCGGCAGCUCGUGUUACUUCUGAAGAUGAGCCAGCAGAAAUGGAUCAGUUUGAACAAAAUGGGGAGUCGGAGGAAACCUUAAUUCCAGCCUCGGAUGACACCAACUCCACUAUCACUGCGGACCAAAUUAAAUUGGAACCCCUUCAAGGUAUGAUUUCCAAUUCUGUAACCCCUUUGCUAUUUCCUCAAGCACUGGAGCAAGGAUCAGGAGAGAUGGCUUUAAACGAGCUUCAUGACAAGAUGGGAGUGACCUCGGCUUCAGUCGCAGACGACUCGAUGGUGCAGAUAAAAACGGAGGCCCCAGAAGCAGAAGAGGCAUUGGUGUCAACGCACGGAGACGUACAUUUGAGCGACCGUGCCAAGUGCGAGGAGACGGGGGCCAGAGACUCUGUGGCCAUUCCUGCCCUAGAGCAGCUAGACGAGGAGACUGUUGAGCCCUCUUCGGGUUUCAUCAUCCGUCUCGUGAUGCCGAUGCAAGUCGGCAGUCAAGUCGUAACCUCAUCAUCCCCACACGACGGAACCACACAAGGUCUGUCUGCUGGCAGCCACGUUUCCAGGACAGUUCCGCCAACGACAGCGACGAUAACACCGCCGGUAACAACGGCGGUCACCGCAAUGACCGGCAGCGGCAUUCGUAUUGACCGCUGCUUCGCGGAAAUGAAACCAGACAUGCAGGAGCAGUCCGCUCAGCCCAGAGCUUCGAUCAUCGCGCAACAGCCAGCCGCGCCCACCAGAGGCAACAAGCUGUACUUCUGCAACCUGUGCGGCCAGGGUUUCACACAGAACGCCAUGCUCAACGUCCACCUGCACAAGCACACGUGCGAAAAGCUCUACAUAUGCGCCAUGUGCGGCCGAGGCUUUUCCAGCAGCACCAACCUGAACAUCCAUGAGCGGACCCACACAGGCGAGAAGCCAUACCGCUGCGGAGUGUGCGGCCAGGCGUUCACGCAGCCCAACAGCCUCAAACGACAUCAGCGCAUGCACACCGGCGAGAAGCCAUACCGCUGCGGAGUAUGCGGCCAGGCGUUCACGAGCAAGCCCAACAUGAUAUACCACCAAGGCAAGCACCUGAGCUAGACACCGCCACAACCUCUGCCACCGCAGUGAUGCACGGUUGUGCAUUGGUGCUGGUGCGUACCUUCAAACACGAAAUGGGUUGUGUGUGACCCUCGGUAUUAAUACUGAGACACGGGAACUUCCACAUCACUACAGGGGUGCUGCCCUAUGCAAACUUUCCUUGGUUAAAACCUCUAUCCUCGCUGUUCUAUUUUCCAAUUUGAUCUGCUGUUGGUAAAUUCAUCAAGAUUUGAUUGCAUUUAGAUACUAUGUACAUUGAAAUUGUCAUUUGCACUGCCUUUUUGGAAAUGGCUGUGGUGGCGUGCAUAUAGUCCAAAUAUAUUAAUGAAAUCAUGUUUGGACAUUGCAAAAACUGGAUUUUUUUCAGAAAGUUGAAAAAAAAGUUAUUUUUCUACAUACCAUGUUUCCUAGGAUUUAGGGUAUAGGAGUAAAUGUCAGGGACAAGUAUUCUAAUCGAUUAAGAUUUAUUCGACAAUUUUAUAGCACGAGUUAUUUGUCAAAUUAUAAAUCGUUGUUACAAACGUUCACAAGGAAAGUCAUACAUUGCUUCUCCCUAAAUUAUCUUUCAAACCACUUUCUUUGGCCAAUGGUUUGGAAAAAAAUCCCUUCAUAAAAAAAUCAUUAAUGGUUGCCGUUAUCCUGAACUACAGUAAUUUACAUAGUUUGCAACCCUUUGUAAAUCAAUUGCUGAAUUAGGGCUUCCCCACGCUGUAUCAGGCAGGUUAGGUUGGCACAGGAGGUGAAGGUCCCAGGACGGGUUCAGUUAUCACUCGCCACUAAUGCUGGCCAUGGCCGAGGAUCGGAACUCGGGUCGCCAAGUUUAAAAGACAUGGUGCCAAACACUGCACCCCAUGUAUUCCUCCAACCAGCAGGGCCAAAUGCAAGAUCACCUGCCUUUGCCACCACACUUCCUACUUUUGGUUCUCCACCAUAUCUUCACUCCAGUCACCCUACACUACAGCUCCACAGUAGAACUCCCCAUAGUGCCACUCAUAACCUCCUCUCUAUACCAAGGACUAGGGCCGUCGAUGCCAGGCAUCGUUUCUCCGUGGCAGCCCCCGCCGUCUGAAACACCAUUUCUGCUACACAUUCGCAGCACAUCUACUGGUUAGAAACACUUUAAAGGUCCCACGUCUAUUGCCUGGCUUUAGUCACAUGUAGCUUGGCUCCGCGCCUCAGUCACUCAUGUCUGUAAAAUAUUGUGCGCAGUAUAAAUUGGGUUAUUUAUACAUUUAUUUCAAUUCCAAUAGCAACAAUUUUCAUGAUUACAACGAUUUGCCAUGAUUCUGUUCCACUUUACAUUACCAUUCUGAUCUCAACAGCAAAUAUUUUACGAUUGUCAUAAGUUAGAAAAAUAAAACUCGUCAACCAGAUUCUAGAUUUUUAAAAAAUCCACAUUGGAUUAAAAGAAAUGCAACCAAAAGUUAAUUUGGAGGCAUUCCAAGGCUUUGUUUCGGGACUGAGCUUUAUUAGACACUAAGGUGUCACUGCUGUACCAUUUAACAAAUUUUCAUCAAGGCAACUUCAUGCUGGGAGCAUGAGCACCAUUCACAGAUUUUGUACGAAUUUGUCUCUACUGCAAAGUGAAUUGCUUUCAUUUCAACUGGCAUUGUCCUGUAACUGCCCCUGUGACUGAUAGUCUUGGGCUGGUUAUCCUUUUAACAGAGCUGCUUUUGUUAGUGGGCCUUGCCAGCUGAAAUAAAGUCCUGAACAGCCAGAAAAAAAAAAAGCCCUGAUUCACAUUUUAUGCCUGGCUGUGGUUUAGUUGUGCCAAGCAGAAUGCUAGUCUACCAGAUAAACAUGCCCCGCCUGCUGACAUGCAUCACAUGAUUGGACUUACUUUUACUGGUAUCAAUUCAGUGUGGCUGUAUACAACGC